AUAGAGUUGUAGAGUUGGAGGGUCAUUUAGUGCAACCCCCUGCAGUGCAGAAAUCUUGGCCAAUGUGGGACUCAAAGCCCUGGCCCCUGAGAUUGAGUCUAAUGCCCUUAUGAUGACUUUAUAUGCAGUGAAUACUACAGUUUAAGCAUCAAUUUUCAUACCUAAGCAAGACUUCCAGAUUUCCAGGUGCAUAGCAUCAGUGCCAUUAAUCACAAUGCUCUGGGCUAUGACUAUAACCAUGAAAUGUUUUUAUGUAGUUUUCCAUGUUGAAAGCAGAUCUUCAUUUAGUUCCUCAUUUAGAGAAUUUACUUCUGUUUUCCAUACAGCACUGAAAACUGACCAGUUUGAUCAUAUUGCACCAAUUUGCAUCAGGUUAUGCAUUUGUUUCCAUGCUCAUUUUAAAGUGCUGAUACUAACUCUUAAAACCCUGAAUGGUUUGGGAACAGUUUAUUUGAAAGACUGCCCAGACUCAACUGGUCAGAUCUUUUAAGAUUGGCCUUGGAGGCGUGGUAAGGUUGAUCCUGUUGGUGGAAAGCAAGAACACCGAUUUUUCACUUGUGGAAUUUCCUCCUGUGAGAACUCAACUUGGCCUCCCCCUGCUUAUGGCCUUUAAGUGGAACUGCCAAGCUUUUUUGGGGGGGGUGAUUUGUCUUGUCAAUUAAUGUUUUAAUUGCAAGCUGCCUUGGGCAGCCUUCUUGUAAAAGCCUGACAUAAAUAUAUUGAAUAAUAUACAGCCUCUUUGGGAAGUGCACCUGAAGUCCACAGUGUGAAAGUGUGUCAUUCAAUUGCACAUUGUCUAUGCUGCAGUAAAUGUGCAUCCAGUCUCUUUCCCUCUCCCAUGCACUGAUGUAUCGUGGCCUUGCUGUAGUAUUUGGUCUGCAGAACUAAGGACCAAACGGCAGUAGUGCAGAGCAGGAGAGACAGGGAAAACGGCAGAUAAGAUUUAAUGCUGUAACUGGGCCUGUGGACCCUCCUGUUAUUCUGUCAUGCUACAUUCCUCUCUCUCCGAAGUUGGCCAUGUAUGUAAUAAAUUGGGGAUGAAGCAAAUAUGUUAAAGACAGGCUGUGUCUAUAACAUUGUUUCCUUUUUAAGGCUGUACAUAUAGUCAUCACACGUACCGUGAAUGUUGGCGGGGCUCACCAUUGUAAUUUUUUAUUCUAAGCUUUUUGUGUCAGCUGUAAGUUUCACUCUGUGAAGCUCCAUGUACUGUAUGUUGUUGGAGCAAUAUAAGCAUCUACUAAACAUAAUAACUUUUCUGAAAGUUCCUCAGAUAAAAGUAUUGAUAUUGAUAAAGCGUCUUUUAAAAAACAUGUGGCUGUAGAAUGGCACGAUUUGUCACACAAACAUUUGCCAUUGAAAUGAGUAAAGGCUAUGUUUAUGCCACGUUUGUUAUAACAGACAAUUUCUUAACCCUGGGUAUAUGUCAGUUUACACCCAGUUGCCAUCCAUGUGAACUUUCUCACAAUACCCAUGAACUUGGUAAACAAAUGCCACUGUACUCAUUAGAAUUAGUUAUAGUGUUUGUAUUCAGUACUGUCAGACUAAGAGACUACAGACAGUUGGUAUCUGGUAAUUCAUUUCCUUGUUUAGCAGUGGAAAAAAUGCCCAUUUUUAGGCAGCAAAGAGAAGGACUUGCAUUUAGUUUGUGAAGUGAAUGGAACAUUGCAGCAUUGUUGAAUGGGGGCUUGAAGUGCUCCAUUGUUUCGGUUUGGUCCUGCAGAAUAUUGGAGAAAUUUCAAGAGGUUGAAGAUCAUUAGUAUAAUGUUGAGAGAUCAGAUUGCAUGAGAAGUGGCAUGUUGGCACUGAAAAGUUGCCCUAAGUGUUCUGCUGCUUUCAGAACAGAGAGUAUCUAGGUUAUAGGACGUUGGUGGCUUUGAAACUUCAUUUCAGUGAGAAAAUGGCAGUUCUACUCAAGACUGGAUGUUCUUCCUGAUUUGCUUGGCAGCAUGUGUGGGGCUUUUUUUCAUGGAGACUGAGAACAAACCUGGAAGGAGACAAAACAGCUAAUGGCUUCUGAUUCUAUGGUCCCAGAGCAAGCAAAGCAUCAUGUGGUAAAAGGCAGAAGGCAGCAGCCACAGGAGAGGUCACCUUUGAACAGUGAUGGUGAAGAAGAAACAUUUGUAUUUGAAGCAAAUGAAGCUUGGAAGGAUUUUCACAGCUCUCUCCUCCGAUUCUAUGAAGCUGGGGAGCUUUGUGAUGUUACGCUGAAGGUAGGUUCGAAGUUGAUCUCCUGUCACAAGCUAGUCCUGGCUUGUGUUAUUCCAUACUUCCGAGCCAUGUUCCUUUCUGAAAUGGCGGAAGCUAAACAGACAUUGAUCGAGAUCAAAGACUUUGAUGGUGAUGCCAUAGAAGAUUUGGUCAAAUUCGUCUAUUCAUCUCGACUGACUCUGACGGUAGACAAUGUCCAGCCUCUCUUAUAUGCGGCCUGCAUUCUUCAGGUAGAGGUAGUGGCCAAAGCUUGCUGUGAAUACAUGAAACUACACUUCCAUCCUUCAAAUUGCCUGGCAGUGAGAUCCUUUGCGGAGAGCCACAAUCGUAUUGACUUGAUGGAUAUGGCCGAUCGCUAUGCAUGUGAACAUUUUGCUGAAGUGGUGGAAUGUGAAGAUUUUGUGAGUGUGUCACCUCAGCACCUUCAUAAACUGUUGUCUUCCAGUGACCUGAGCAUUGAAAGUGAAAAGCAGGUUUAUGGUGCUGCUAUUAAGUGGCUUCUGGCCAAUCCACAGCAUCAUGCUACAUGGUUAGAUGAAAUAGUUGCUCAGGUGCGCCUACCACUGUUACCCAUUUGUUUUCUCAUGGGAGUAGUGGCAAAAGAAGAAAUUGUCAAGCAGAACCUAAAAUGUCGGGACUUGCUGGAUGAAGCAAGGAACUACCACCUUCACUUAAGUAGUCAUACCGUGCCAGAUUUUGAGUAUUCUGUACGGACAACACCAAGGAAACGCACAGCAGGUGUCCUUUUCUGUGUUGGUGGUCGUGGUGGAUCUGGCGACCCAUUUCGCAGCAUUGAAUGCUACUCUAUAAAUAAGAACAGCUGGUUUUUUGGCCCUGAAAUGAACAGUAGGAGGAGGCAUGUGGGUGUAAUCUCUGUGGGAGGUAAAGUUUAUGCAGUGGGUGGACAUGAUGGAAACGAACAUCUGGGCAGCAUGGAAAUGUUUGAUCCUCUCACAAAUAAAUGGAUGAUGAAAGCAUCAAUGAAUACCAAAAGGAGAGGGAUUGCUCUGGCUUCUCUUGGAGGCCCCAUUUAUGCUAUUGGGGGACUGGAUGAUAACACUUGCUUCAGCGAUGUGGAGAGAUACGACAUUGAAUCUGAUCAGUGGAGUGCUGUAGCACCUAUGAAUACACCCCGGGGAGGUGUUGGCUCUGUGGCUCUUGUGAACCAUGUAUAUGCUGUUGGUGGAAAUGAUGGUGUCGCUUCUCUCUCCAGCGUGGAGAAGUAUGAUCCUCAUCUAGAUAAAUGGAUAGAAGUGAAAGAAAUGGGUCAGCGAAGAGCUGGCAAUGGGGUUAGUGAACUCCAUGGCUGCCUAUAUGUGGUAGGUGGCUUUGAUGACAAUUCUCCGCUGAGCUCUGUUGAACGAUUUGACCCUCGCAGCAACAAGUGGGAAUACGUAGCGGAGCUUACAACGCCUCGGGGUGGAGUUGGCAUAGCAACGUUAAUGGGCAAAAUCUUUGCUGUUGGAGGGCAUAAUGGAAAUGCUUACCUGAAUACAGUGGAAGCCUUUGAUCCUGUGGUGAACAGGUGGGAGCUUGUUGGUUCCGUGUCUCACUGCAGAGCUGGGGCUGGUGUAGCCGUGUGUGCCUGCCUUGGCAGCCAGAUCCGUGACGUGGGUCAAGGAUCCAGCAAUGUGGUGGAUUGCAUGUAAAAUCGAAGACUUUGUGAAAUGCCACAAUACUUUACAACCUUUGUGCAAAGACAUUUUGAUUUUUUUAAAAAAGCAGUAUGUGUAGAUACUCAAAAGCUUUUUUUAUUUAUAGAACUUGUUCAUACCUGGUAGCAAACCAUGGUUUAGCAUUACAUGCAUGAGCUGAAUCAAUUUCAGUGCAUCCUUGGCCUUCUUUUCCUUCGUCUCUCCUUUGUCUUGGGCAAUGUUUAGCUUCACUUUCCCUGAAUCUCAGCCUUUCUUCUGAUCUGGACCAGGGACCCUGAUUUCUCUCAAAUCCUGGAUAAACAACCCACCUUCAUAAUGCAUACCUUGAAUCUGGCUUAUCUUGAAAUUCACCAGAGUUUGUGAUAAACCAGUGCUUUGGAAAACAGGACCAGUUGAGAUGCAAGGAAUGUCCUUUUGGCCACAAGGGAAGAGAGGGCAUCCACGGCAUUGCCAGGGCUCAUUCUAGCUUAUGCAUGUAGCACUAAGUUCGCAAAUAUGGCCUCACCAGUUGUUUAGUACAGGGGUGAGGAACCUGUGCCUUUCCAGAUGUUUGACUACAACUCUCAUCAUUCCUGAUCAUUGUCCAUUCUGCUGACGCCAAUGGGUGUUUGGGUCCAACAUUUGGAAGGCAACAGGUUGGUCUGGCUUAGAACACGCCCCCGGUGUUUUCAUAGUAACAGAGAUGUGGGGACUUCAUUUUAAGCAUCUUAUAACUGCCAAAGAUGUUGGAGAACCUUUUGCCUGUAUAUUUCAAAUGACUGGGAUUUGUCCUCAAAGGUUGGUACAAUUAUCACAGUUAUCUAGAGAAUCCUUUAAGUCUUGUAUACAUUCUGUUUAAAAACUCUUGACUUUAUGUGUAAAUGUGUUUCUACAGUUGUAACACUAUGCAGACCCAUAAAAACCUGGAAAACUCCAAACUCCUGAAAAGCGUUAAUUAGGAAAUUGACUUGAACAACACUUGAGAGAUUCUGGUGUUCUGAUAUCUUGGUUUUCAGAAACUGCAUUUGAUGCCAGUUUUGUUUGCUCUGGCAAUACAGAUGAAUCGGUUUGCAACAGAACUACAUUCUGCUUCCUUGUUGAAAAUUGUACAGUAGAAACAAGGAUCAUGAACUGUCUGGAUCAAGGAUUAUGAAAAAAUAGUGGUUGCUGGUGAUGUUGUAACAGGGUGAAGUAUAUUGCUUAUGAACCAUCUUCAUUUCAUCCUAAGAGCUAGAGCAGAGGUUUUCAACCUUUUGAAUCCACAGCUCCCUAGGCCAACUACAUUCUUUCUGUGGCACCCCUGUAGGGCUCAGGAGUCCAGUUAUGUCACCCUUUGCCUGCAGAGCUGGCAGCCUCUCACCCUUUUUUUCAAAUGCCCUCCCUUGUGGCGUGUUCCCUCAGCCUCCUCUCCUUGGGAGUCCUCUGGGCAGCUGCUGCCGCUGCCCCUAGUCUCUGAACUCUCCCCCUGCCCCAAAGAGAGGUGCCUCAUCACACUGCCCCACAGGAAGAGGGUGCCCCCAGGCUUAGUGGCCCAGUGGAAACUGGCCAAAGGUGAACGUGAGACCAGCACCUUACUCUGAGAGCAGUGGGUGCUGCUGGGCCUGCAGGGUGGAAAGACUCUGCUUUAGCACUGGGCACUCAGCUCCCAGGCAGGCCUUGCACACAGUAAGUGCAAGAAAGGCCAGCACAGCGCCUGGCUGCCUGCCUGCCUGGCUUCCACUGGGCACUCAGCUCCCAGCAGGCCUUGCACACAGUAAGUGCAAGAAAGGCCAGCACAGCGCCUGGCUGCCUGCCUGCCUGGCUUCCAACUUGUUUGCCUAUUUGCAACAGCAGGGGCUGGUGGACUGGCUAGCUGAGCUCACUUGCCCAUUUGCUUGCUUACUCCAAGGCCACCUCAGCUCCUGGCAACCAGCACGCCAUGGCCAGCCCCAGAGGCACCAUUUGCCUGGGGAGCUUGUAGCCAG